GAAUCGUCGGCUGCCCCAUCCGGAAGGGGCGGGGCACAGUGUCGGAAGCGGCCAAUGGGCAGCCGGGAGGCCGAGCCUCCGUGGGAGCGGCGGCGGCGGGAACUGUCCCGAGUCCCGGAGGUGGGUCACAUUCUGGAUCCAUGGAGCUAGCCGAAGGGCCAAGGUGAGAGGUGCUUGCAGUGUCCCCUCGCGGUCGCUCUCCCUGAGGUCCACGGCGUUCCAGAUUCCUGGAAUGGAAUGGAAGGAGGACGCAGCGUUGGGCGAGCCGGCGCGGAGGCCCCGGAGCGAGCCCCCCUACCUGCUGCCCUUUGGGCUCGGCGGGAGCAUCCGGUCGGCUCCCUGCAGACUCUGCUCGGACGCCGCCACACGUCCAUGGACUGGAAGCCGGAGCACGAAGUGCCUGGAGACUGAAUUCAUUUUUUCUCUGCCUGGUUUCUUUCUUUUCUUUUUUUGAAAAUUGAGGUUAUUUUGGGGAGGCUUCAAGGCAAAUGUUAAUUUGCAUAGCCGCACCGUUUUUGAAAAUGCAGAACUUUUGUAUCUCUUCGAGUAUGUCAUUGCUGGUUAGUAAACUGCAUGCAGUUCAGAGCGGCGAAUCUUCAGCUGGCACUGUUGAAUUCAGUGUCAGCUUCCUGAACCCAGAUUCGCGGUCUGUGUUUAAAUGUUUCAUCCCCAGUCCUUAAAAUAAGUAUCAGAAGUGGACUUGUUAGCCAAAUAAAUAAGUUUAAGAGAUACUUCUUUCCAUUUUAUAUUGUCAUCUGCAGUUUCCACAUUUAAGAGAAACCUGAGCGAAAUUUUUUUCAAGGUAGAAUGAAGAGUAAAGAUGUUUGUUCCCUUUAUCUUAUAAGAGUUUAUUGAAGGUCUGCUGUGUGUUAGCUGCUGUGGGAGAAGAUCCAAAGAUUUCUCUCCCAUGGAGGCUUCUGGGUUCUGUUACAUCCACAUUAUCAAUUAAACUGCUUACGAGAAAUUGCUAAGUCAACGAACAUAAGGAAUACGUUCUUGGGAUGACAGGAGUUUGCCAGGCAGAGGAGGAAGAGGGGAGCAGUCUAGACCAAAAGAUUUGUAUGUGUGUCUAAAACAGCUUGUGACAUUCAGGAAACAGUUUGCUAUUACUAGAAUGUAAGGGAGUUGGUGAAGGGAGAGGAUUGGAGAGAAUGAGAGAAAAGUAGACUGGGGUCCAGUUAGGAUGAGAUUUUAAACUUAAUAUAGGAGACAGUGGGACGCUAGUAGAUUUUUCAAAAAAUUUUUUUCCUAAAGUUUAUGUAUUUUUUUUAGCAAUCUGUAUGCCCAAGGUGGGACUUGAACCCAGGACCACAAGAUCAGAAGUCCCAUGCACCUCCGACUGAGCCAGCCAGGUGCCCCAACAGUAGUAGAUUUUUCAGCAGAGAAAUUAUUUGGCCAGAUUAAUGAUUUUUAAACUGAUGGUUUCAUGGAAGGUGGAUUGGAGUAGGGAGAAAGUGGAAACAGAUUGGUUGGGAAACUCUUAAAGCAGGUAUAGCAAGAACUUUGGGAGAGUCUUUGCUAAGGCAGCAGCCAGCAGCCUGGAUUGGGAGUGGAGAUUCAAAGGCUUCUUUGGGAGUAGUAAUAGAACCAGUACCCAGUUUCUAAGAUGGUUUUGAUUUUAACAUAAACGCUGUGUAUGUCCCACCAUACUUGUGGUUUUUCAAAUCGUGUGAGAAAUGUUGUUUUCACUUUUUGGAAGAAGAUCCCAUUGUUGCCAAAGAUUAUUGACCUGUAGGUUUAAGGGUACAUGUGUCUCCUCCGUGUAGAUCCUAGUAUAAUAAAUUUCUAAAUACCCAUUACAUUUGAAGUAUCCAGAUUUUUUGACAAAUGUGUAAGGAUCAUAGAACAACGUUUAUAUUUAAGAAUAUGCUCAAGGGAUAUGUUAAUAUAAUAAAUGAACAUGUUAGAUACAUUGACUAUUAACAGAGAUGAAUCAUUUCCCGCAGUUAAAGCCAGGAUGAAAAUACAUAAAUGCAUACUUGCUUUGUUUCUUGUAACUGGUGUCUUUAGUACAGAACUUGCUAAGGCCAUCAAGCCUAUCGAUCGGAGGUCAGUCCAUCAGAUUUGUUCUGGACAAGUAGUACUGAGUCUAAGUACUGCUGUGAAGGAGUUGGUAGAAAAUAGUGUGGAUGCCGGUGCCACUAAUAUUGAUCUAAGGCUCAAAGACUAUGGGGUGGAUCUCAUUGAAGUUUCAGACAAUGGAUGUGGGGUAGAAGAAGAAAACUUUGAAGGCUUAACUCUGAAACAUCACACUUCUAAGAUUCAAGACUUUGGUGACCUAACUCAGGUGGAAACUUUUGGCUUUCGGGGGGAAGCUCUGAGUUCACUUUGUGCACUGAGCGAUGUGACUAUUUCUACCUGCCACGCAUCCGCGAAGGUCGGGACUCGGCUUGUGUUUGAUCACAAUGGGAAAAUCGUCCAGAAAACCCCCCACCCACGACCCAGAGGGACAACGGUCAGUGUGCAGCAGCUAUUUUAUACGCUCCCUGUGCGCCAUAAGGAGUUUCAAAGGAAUAUUAAAAAGGAGUAUGCCAGAAUGGUCCAGGUCUUACAAGCAUACUGUAUCAUUGCAGCAGGCAUCCGUGUAAGUUGCAGCAAUCAGGUUGGACAAGGAAAACGCCAGCCUGUGGUUUGCACAAGCGGAAGCUCCAGCAUAAAGGAGAAUAUUGGAUCUGUGUUUGGGCAGAAACAGCUGCAAAGCCUCAUUCCUUUUGUUCAACUGCCCCCUAGUGACUCUGUGUGUGAAGAGUACGGGCUGAGCCACGGUGAUGCUUUGCAGACUCUGUUUCGCAUCUCUGGUUUCAUUUCUCACUGUGCUCAUGGUGUUGGAAGAAGCUCCACAGACAGACAGUUUUUCUUUAUCAAUCGGCGGCCUUGUGACCCGGCAAAGGUUUCCAGACUUGUGAACGAGGUCUAUCAUAUGUAUAAUCGCCAUCAGUACCCAUUUGUUGUUCUUAACAUUUCUGUUGAUUCAGAAUGUGUUGACGUCAAUGUUACUCCCGACAAAAGGCAAAUUUUACUGCAAGAGGAGAAGCUUUUGUUGGCAGUUUUAAAAACAUCUUUGAUAGGAAUGUUUGAUGGUGAUCUCAACAAACUUAAUGUCAGUCAGCAGCCGUUGUUGGGUAUUGAAGGUAACUUAAUAAAACAGCAUUCGGCAGAAAUGGAGAAGCCCGUGCCAGAAAAACAGGAUGAUCCCGCUUCGUUAAGGACUGGAGGAGAAGCGAAGAGGGCAGUGACCAUUUCCAGACUGAGAGAGACCUUUUCUCUUCGGCACACGACAGAGACCAAGUCUCAGGGCCCGAACACCACCGAACCGAGACGGAUUUCUCCGAGACAGAAGAGACGCGUCCAGUGUUCUGGAGCUCCAGACUCCCCGUGUUUCCAGAAGUGCGCCUCGGGCACAGGCUCGUCCGGCCCUGGCGGGGAGGCAGUGCGUUCGCACGGGGGCCCCUGUGACCGCAGGGACGGAGCGGAGACGGAGCAGGACUCGGGGCACAGCCGCACUUCGGCCGGCCCGCGGGAAGGGCCCGGCGCCCCAGCAACGGGCGGUCGGUCCGGUGGUGUCUGUGCAGCAAACUCCCCUGAGGACAGGUUUUCACAGGGAAGCUCGGAAGCUUCUGAGAAGUUGCCUGAACUUGACCGUCGCCCUGCAGACACGGAGCGCGGUUCCAAUCACGAGGACGGUGGACGUCAACAUAGGGUCUCGCCUCCGCCCGUAGAUGCAUCCUCCCCAAGCACACGGCGUUUCAAAAAAGACGGCAUUCCUUUGAAUCCUGACGUUCCCCAAGGGUUGGUGAUUGCACAGAACACGUCAGCGUCUCAGGUCGACGUGGCUGUUAAAAUCAGUAAGAAAGUAGUGCCCCUGGCCUUUUCCAUGCGGUCUUUAGCGGCACGAAUAAAGCAGUUACGUCACCAAGAAAGGCCACAAGAAGGCGAACAGAAUCACAGGAAGUUCAGGGCAAAGAUCUGCCCCGGAGAAAACCAAGCCGCCGAAGAUGAACUGAGAAAGGAGAUAAGUAAAACGAUGUUUGCAGACAUGGAGAUCAUCGGUCAGUUUAACUUGGGAUUUAUAAUCACCAAACUCAAUGCAGAUAUCUUCAUAGUGGACCAGCAUGCCACGGAUGAGAAGUACAACUUUGAGAUGCUCCAGCAGCACACGGCCCUCCAGGGUCAAAGGCUUAUCGCACCCCAGACUCUCAACUUAACUGCUGUCAAUGAAGCUAUCCUCAUAGAAAAUCUGGAAAUAUUCAGAAAGAAUGGCUUCGAUUUUGUUAUCGACGAAGGGGCUCCAGUCACUGAAAGGGCGAAGUUGAUUUCCUUGCCAACCAGUAAAAACUGGACCUUCGGACCUCAGGACAUCGAUGAACUGAUCUUCAUGCUCAGUGACAGCCCUGGGGUCAUGUGUCGGCCUUCCCGUGUCAGACAGAUGUUUGCCUCCAGAGCCUGUCGAAAGUCUGUGAUGAUUGGAACCGCCCUAAACACAAGUGAGAUGAAGAAACUGAUCACCCACAUGGGUGAGAUGGACCAUCCCUGGAACUGUCCCCACGGAAGGCCAACCAUGAGACACAUUGCCAACCUGGAUUUCAUUUCUCAAAAGUGACAACAUCUCUCGCUUUCUAGAAUUGUACGUUUUGUUGCAGAUUUUUCCUUUUCAAAAGCAGGGUUUUAACGAGUCAGCUUGUUGCCAAAUAAACCUGUUUGAAAAAAAAGAAAAUGACCAGAUCCACUAGAAAUGAUCUUGAAAACCUUGUCAAACCACGCGGAGCAGUGCUUGCACCGGCUUUUGUCCCGCACCAGAGUGUGUGUGCGCGCGCACGUACAGGCAAGAAGAGCAUGUCUUACAGAAACGGGAAGAACGCUUCGAAAGCCACCUGGGCCUCUGCUGCUGUGGCCUGAGGUAUCUUAGUCAGCAACUUUCAGCCCGUAGUAUGAUUAAAUUCAUAAUGGUUUGAUUUCAUAAAAUUACGGUCCUUUUGGGUUCGGGGUUGUCCACCCGAAUGCACGUUAAAUUAAAAAAAAAAAAACCCAAGAGAGAUUCUCUGCCCAGGUGGAGGAAAAUGGCCAAGUGGGGCCUGGGGUCACUAUUUUUAAAUGUUCCCCGGCAAACGUUCGUAGGCAAGGGGAAAUAAAAGAUUGACUUUUCUGUAA